GCCAGCAGAGUAUAUUGGGUAACGGGGUUGGGGCCCAUGGCGUCAACACUCACGACAAUGGCGGCGGAGCCGAACAGCCCUUUCAGGGCUGUGAUACAGCUGAGAGAUGAGACUCCAAAGCCAGUGGUGCCGUUGGCAGAAGGUGGCGAUCUGGCAGCGCAAGGGGGGGAAGGGGUGCUCUCCCCAACAGGCUCCGUAACGAGCGCCGUAGGCGUGGAGGGGAUGAGAGAAGGUGCCAAGUCUCCUUUGGGCCAAACCAAGGCUGGCAAAAAACCCACCACACCUCGCAAGAAAGAUGCCACAUCUGGUGGAAAGAAGGGUGAGGGAGGUGGAGGUGGCUCCCGACCUGGCACACCACGCAAAAAAGAUGGGGCUUCAGGCAAAAAGGAUGUGUCAGGAAAGAAACAAGGGUCCAUGUCCAGUAAGAGAGACAGCGAUGCCCUACGCGCUGCUGCGGCUGAGGCUGCACGCAAACCUCCUCCGCCCCCACUCGUCACUCAACUGCAGGAGCUUGUAAAGACCUCCAAAUGGCAUGAGAAUGGUCGUAAGGUUGCGAUCAUAGACAUCCCGUACGUAAGACCGUCCCCUCCCCCGCCACCUCCACCCCCGCCUCCAGAACCUCAACCCACAGGACCCUCCUCACCUGCCGAUCCCACAGCCCAGGCUUCCCAGCCUCCGGAUGCGCAACCGCAAGCUGAAUCCCAAGCUCAGGGGAAAGCUGGGACUGAAGGAACUGCUGAUGACAAAGUCAAGAAAGAUGCAAGUAAGGAUGCUAAGAAGGGAAGUGAUCCGAAGAAGAUGGAUGCAGGAGAUGGAGACGGUAAUACACCAAAAGCUCGUACACCAAGAGGAGAAAAAGGGGGCCGCAAGACGCCGAAAGCUCGUACACCAAGAGGAGAAAAAGGGGAAGCAACGAAGGGGAAAAAGGGGAAAGAUGGUGCGGGGAAGCAAGCAGUGGGAGCAGAUGCCCAAACAUCACAAGAAGGAGAAGGUGAACCAUCACCACCACCUUUUGACCAGGAGAAGGCAACAAUCGAGGUUAUCGUCAGCACAAUGAGGGAUCUGAUGCAAAGACUUGUUCAGCAGUCUUCCGCAUACAAUGAGAUGAUGAAACCGCUAAGGGUUGUUGAGGUCCCAGAAAUCCAGCCAUUGAAGGAUACCGAUGACGCCUACUACAAGAAACUCCUCAACGCUUUUCCUCGGGCAUUUGUAAGCGUUCCUCUGAUUCUGCACUGCAUGGUUGAGCAGGUGGUACACACACAUUGCAGCGUAUCUGAACACCAAGACUGUGAUAAUUUAAAGGCAUCGAUUGCCGUUGAACAAUACAUUGCCACAUCAUUUGCACGACUCGGCUCUGGUGUUAACGACAGCACACUAACACAUCAGCAGCCGAAGCAACAGGCAACAGAAGGACAGUCUGAAUCUAAAGAUCCUUCUCAUCAGCAACGCCGCAGUCUGUUGCCGGUACGAACUCUGUCAAUGCAGCUCACGAGGAAUGAAGCGGCCAAAAUUUUGAUCACUCGGAGCGCAAUGAGCGCAACUGAGCCCGUUAUAGGAGGAGGAGGAGGAGGAGAUGGACUUGGGGUGACAUUACAGGGCCGAUUACUGACAAGAUUGGCCAACAAACCAAACGUGGACUUGUCACAGACGGGCCACGAGCAUGCAUCCAUAAACGUUAAGCCUCACUCCGAGACAAACAGUGCGAAGGAUCAAAGUCCGAACAAUGGUGGGACCGAGAAAUACGGGCCCAACAAAGUUGAGGUACCAACUGCAAUGUCCCAUGACGAGAACACGAGGGAGCUUGUGGCUGGCCGAGAAGACGGCAAUGUGGUGCUGUCCAGCAAGGUCUCCCCCUCCACUAUCCCAGAUGCAAAGGAGAAAGGCGGCUCUGACCGGUUGGGACCACGUCGUCAGUCUCUGGUCGCCAAGGGUCAAGGCGAAUCGAAAGGUCAUCAUCCUGGUGCUUUGACUGGAACUGGUGGUCAAUUUGGGAACUCAGCUAAGUUAGGAGGUACCGAUAAAGGACUAUCAUCUCACCUUUCCCCACAAACCGAUCGUCUGAGUGAUGAAACUGCCAGUGAGGAUGGGGGCGGGUCCUUAAAGAGUCCCUCGCGUAAAGCGAGUUUGAAUGAUGCUGCUGCAUUCAAGGACUGCUUGCCCCUCAAGGACAAGAAUGGAGCUUCGGCACCGGGAAAGGAGGGUGUGUUUGGAGGGAGCAAUCGCUAUGGUACGCCCAAUCUCCACGUGGUUCGAGAGGGAGAGAGCCAUGCGGUGGUAGCCCUGGCUCUAGAGGAAUGGCAAGGAAGGGGUAGAGACAAUGAUUACGAUUGGCAGUCUUCCCUGAGGGAGAUAGCAGGCAUUGAGAAGAGAAUGAACAACAUGUUGUUAAUUCCUGGUGCGUAAUAUCUCCUCCCUACUCGGACUUCAUCCUUCUUCCUUUCAUUAUAUCUCCUCCUUUCAUCCCAAUGGCGUUAUCUCUCCUUCCGUUCUCCCAUGAUCCCUCUCCUCCCUGCUACCUCUAAGGGGGAUGAGGUACGCCCAUUUGCAUGUUUGAAAGAAUUCUUGGCAGACAGACAGACGGAAAAAAAAGUAGGACAGUUCUAGGCUUCUAGCACAUUCCCAUCAGGAUACCUCCACGAGAUGAUCCCCCCUCUCCCCUAAAACCACAAUUACCUCCGAGCCUCUUUUUUUGCCGAGGUGGAAAGGAACUGCGCAACCUGAAAGGGCAAUGGCCUUGAUUUUUAUUUUUUUUUAAUCAAGACCACCCCCACCA